AUGGAUUCUGUUAAUGGUCAUAUCGUGAAGUUCAACGAUCGCUCGAGCUCGAACCAGUCUGGCAAAAAGCUCAUGUGUCCUACUACGAACGUCGUCACAAAGAACUCCUCCGAUUCACCAAGCGACACAAAGAUCCCUCCUCUUCCCAAAAAACCUACUUUUGAUCUAAACCUACCUCCGACCAAUUCUGAUGGAGGAAACUGUUCCAAGAACAAGAGAAAGAGGGAAUCUAUAAGGGAAGAAUCAAUCAACGCAGCUGUUCAGAAACCUCCCGUUAUGUUCACCCACCAAGGCAGCCUAAUAGAAGUAAAAGAGUCUUCCCCUUGGGUCAAAACUGAGUUCCUUGGGCAAGGGGCUUACGGUUCUGUUCACCUAGCGAAGUGCAAUAACCAAGAGAGGGCUAUCAAAACCGCACAUAUCUCACGUGCUUUGAGUCUCAUGGAUGAAGGAAAGAUCCUAAGACGUUUACAAUCUCCCUUCGUGGUCGGCUGUUUCGGCGAGGAGAUUGUACGUGAAGGGAAUGAUUUUCAUUACAACUUGGUCCUUGAGUAUUGCCCUAACGGAAGCAUGGGAGAUUUUCUCAAGAAUGUUGUCUCAUUGUUAGUGGAGGUUCCUGUUAAGCUGUUCGCUAAAGAUGUUCUGUCUGGUCUGAAAUAUAUUCAUGACAGAAACAUUAUUCACUGUGACAUCAAACCGGACAAUCUCUUACUCACCAUGGUUUUUGAUCAAGUACUUCAGAUUGACCGGUAUUUAAUGAAGCUUGGGGAUUUUGGUUUAGCACUGGAGAAAGGGACGGUGGCGUACCAAAAUGCAUUGGGUCAUAGGAGAGGUACUAAGAGGUAUAUGGCUCCGGAGCUACUAAGCCAUGGUAUUGUGGACUUCAGUGUUGACAUUUGGUCUUUUGGUUGUUCGUUUCUGGAGAUGUUAAGCGGAAGACGUGUUUGGGCUGACUAUCUCCACUUAGAUUAUGAUGAUUUCGUCAAUCUAAUUGGUAAAAGUAAUCUCGUGCCCUAUGUUCCGAAUUUUUUAUCCGCUGCAGCACAAGAUUUUCUCAAGAAAUGCUUGGUCAAGGAUCCUCAUGCAAGGUCGGGGAUCAAUGAACUCCUGAACCAUCCAUUUCUCAGGUUGGAUGUUUAA